CAUCUAAUUUGCUCACUACUCUUGCCUUUCAGCAUCCUGGCUUCCUAGGUUUCUCCCUCCCAUUGAGUAUUUUGUAGAUCUCUCCCCUGCUUCCUCCAGCUCUGGGAAUUUCAGCCACUUCACACCAGAUUCGGCCACCAGCCCACAGACAGAAUCCUCAUCCCCCCAGCGUGCAUCCAUGCCCCAGAAGAACGGGAAGGAAAGAGAGGGAGGGAUGAAGAAGGCCAAGAUCCGUACAGCCUUCUCCAAGGAGCAGCUGCAAACCCUGCAUCAGCGAUUCCAGAGCCAGAAAUACCUCAGCCCCCAGCAGAUCCGGGAACUGGCUGCAGUCCUGGGGCUCACUUACAAGCAGGUUAAGACCUGGUUCCAGAACCGAAGGAUGAAGCUGAAGAGAUGCCAGAAGCACAACUUGUGGUCGGAGCGGGCUCAGUGCCUCACGCAGACCAGGUUCCAGCCCAGCGGGUACCUGGAAGUGCACCCCAAAUUCCACCAGAGCUAUCCGAUCAGCGCAGCUGGAAACAUCCAAGCUGUGGGCAACCCCCGUCAGAACUACUCAGCAGGGCAGAACCCAUACGCAUUCAUAGCCAAUGAGGAGGGGGGGGUCUUCGGCAAAGGUGGGGCCACCUGUAGCGUCCAACAGACAGUGGGAUUCAUUGCCCAGCACAAAGUAGACUUUUAUCAUGGCUUCCCUGGGACCAUGGAAUAUACUGGCGCAAAGACAGGAGAUGGCUAUAGUUUCCACCAUGCCUCAGCCACUGUGGCACCUUUUCCGGGCACUGCUGGCCACCAUCUGUACCACCCCUAAGCAGGGUUAAUGCAGAGAGCCCAAAGCAAUUGUUACUGAAUCUCUUCCUUUCUCUGCAUCUCUCACGCUCUCUCUCCUACUUGGGGUAAUUACACAACUCUGUCCCUACCUUACAUUCAGACACAUGGGCUCACUCACACCCACACAAACUCUCAUGCAGUUACUAACAAAACAAACACACACAUCCAUGCACACACAUGUAGGUGUACCCACACAUUUACCCUACAGUGAAACUGGUAUCUUUCUAAAAAAAUAUGAUCUGGUUCCAUCACAACAUAUGGGCUUGCUACAAGAAUCACUAGGUGAAAUUCUCUGGCCUGUGGUAUGCAGAAGGUCAGAUUAGUUGAUCAUAUUAGUCCCUUCUGGCCUUUAAAUCUAUGACCCUAUUUAGGCUGUUUACACUAAACCUUGCUGGGUCUACUGUUGAUUAAGUCUAGAGAUCCAAGGUGCUUUUAAUAUUGCA